AACUUCCAAUGGCCUGAGCGCAAACAGAGGCACGCCCUCUCUACAAAAGUCACAUCCAACACCGGUGAAAGCCUUCUGCUGGAAUUGGGACGGCAACUGAGGAGGACACAUAGUAGUUAAAAGGAAAGGAAGAUACCAUGGCAACUGCUUCAAAUCAGAAUGUGGAGUUUGUACGAACAGGUUACGGCAAGAACAUAGUGAAGGUGCUGUUCAUCAGGAGACAGGGCACCCACCACGACAUUGUCGAGCUGAAGGCUGAUGUGGAGCUCACACUCAAUUCACGCAAGGAUUAUCUGUAUGGAGACAACUCAGACAUCAUCCCCACCGACACCAUCAAGAACACUGUCCAUGCCCUGGCCAAGAUCAAAGGGGUGAAGAACAUUGAGCAGUUUUCCCUGGAUAUCUGUCAUCAUUUUCUGACCUCUUUCAACCAUGUGCUGCGGGCCAAGGUUUGCAUGGAGGAGGCUCCAUGGAGAAAGUUGGAGAAGAACGGGGUAGAACACGCUCAUGCAUUUAUCUACAGCCCAGAAGCUCAUCGUUUCUGUGAUGUUGAACAGGAUCUUGGAGGAGUCCCAGUGAUUCACAGUGGGGUGAAGAACAUGACGUUGUUGAAAACUACUCAGUCUGGUUUUAAGGGUUUCCACCGAGACCGCUUCACUACGCUGCAAGACACUGACGACAGGUGUUUCUGCACCGCGGUCUACUCUAGGUGGCGCUACAACAAGGUUCGGGAUGUCAAUUUUGAUGCAGCAUGGAAAUGUGUUAAGGAAACAAUUAUUGAGAAGUUUGCUGGCCCCUAUGAUCGCGGCCAGUACUCACCAUCUGUGCAGAAGACCCUUUAUGAGACACAAGUUCUGGUCCUGGAUAGAAUUCCUGAGGUGGAGGAAAUUGAGAUCGUCAUGCCCAACCAGCAUUACUUCACCAUAGACAUGACAAAAAUGGGCCUCAGUAACAAAGACGAAGUUCUUCUACCCCUCGAUAACCCCUCAGGAAACAUCACAGGGACAGUGUGCAGGAAACAGCGAGCCAGGCUGUGAAGAAAUCACAAAUCCAGACAAAGCUGCUAAUGUGAUCUAAAUAUCGACCUGAAUAUGCUAUUUAAUAGAGAAGCAACUCUGAUGUCAUGUGGAUCUAAGCAAGUUUUGCAUAGAUAAAUAGGAAAUUUUAAAGUAACACCAAACAUGAUUUUAUCUUUUGAUCAUGUAAUUUGAAAAUUCACCUAAAUAAAAAUCACCAUCAUCAAUAACUUCA